CUAUCUCUGGCUUAGAGCCUUUUAAGCAGCUGGUCUUGGACAGCGGGAGCAAAGGCGUUUCUUCCCCCUUGCUGCUCCUCCCAUCUGGAUCUUAGAUGUGGUACGCGCCAAAAUGGCAGCGUUCAUGUUUCAGCGUGGGUUACUGCAGAGCUGGACUACGAUGAAAAAUUGGGCGGCGACAGGUAAAAGAUGUAUUCUUUCAGCAGCAUACGUAGACAGUACAACAUGGGAACAAAGAAAAAAGGAAGACCACAGCCUGGCUGAUUUAGCCAAUUUGAUGGACAGAACCUAUGAAAAAAAACUACCGGUCAGCUCUUUAACGUUAUCUCGGUUUAUAGAUAACAUUUCUUCACGUGAGCAUGUGGAUCAAACUGAAUAUUAUAUAUACAAGUUUCGUCACAGUCCUAAUUGCUUUUAUUUAAGAGACUGGAUCAUCCACAGCUGGAUUAGGAAGUGCCUUAAAUUUGGUGCACAGGAUAAAGCUUUGUAUACUCUACAAAACAAGGUCCAGUUUGGAAUAAUUCCAGAUAGUUUUACCUUCAAUUUAUUAUUGGAUUCUUUUAUAAAAGAUGAGAACUAUGAAAAUGCUAUGGCUGUAGUGACUGAGAUAAUGAUACAGGAAGAUUUUACUGAGGUGUCCACCCAACUUCUCUCUCUUUAUACCAUGUACAAAUAUUUGGCAACCAAAUCAGAACUUAAGUGGGAAGAAGAGAAAAAUCUUGGAGCAUCUCUGUUAUUAGUGGGGCUCAAGCAGACUGACACAGUAGGAUUUAGUUCUCAGCUAUAUGGCCUUGCCCUUCUUGGUAAAGUGGAGCUACAGAAAGGAUUGCGAGCUGUUUACCACCUAAUGCCACUCAUGUGGACCCCGGGAUAUCUGAACAGAGCCUUGAAAGUAAUGGAGGAUGUGGCCUUGCUUCCUGAAGAUGUGAAACUUUGCCAGGAAGCAGUUGAUGUUCUAGGAGACAUUUUGCACCCAGCACCUGAACCCGAGGUUUCUCCAGAAGACCCCAAGGAUUCAGAAGAAGCACUAAAACAAACGCCACCAGAAGAAAACGAGGUGCUUCGACUGCCUGAAUAUCUAAACCGUUUUAAGGAGCUGAAUUCUAAACUCCACUCCCUUGGCAAGGUGGAAUCUAGGAAGCUGCUAACCCUAACUACUCAACUUGUUGAGGAGAAACUACCAGCAUCUGAAGAAGAAGACAUUACAAAAUACAAAGAGAAACUUGAGGAGUGGGAGAAAGAACGAACGAUGCUGAUUGAAAGGGAGCAAGAAAUGAAAGCAAAAGCUAAGGAAAUGAUGGAAAUUAAAAAAAAAGCAAGCGCAGCCACAUGAUGCUUUUGCUGGCAGACUUCCAUUAUGCCUCAGAUUGUCUUGGCAAUAAACAGUCUCAUCCUGUCUUGUACCUUAUACAGACUUGGCUUGUCUACACAUUAAAUCUUUACAUGAUCCAAGCUAUAUGUAUCCUUUCUCCAAAAUCUAUUAUUAUUACUGUUCUUCUGAAAGUAUACAUUACCUCUGUUGUGUGUGAAAACAAAGUUUGUGAUUUAAUCAAAUUGUUCCUUUCUGAAAUGUUGAGGUGAGAUAAUACGUUCAGAAGGACCAUAGGCAUCGUCAGCAUAUGCUAUUUUUCAUGAUAGUUACUGACAAGAAUUGCUGGUAGCUUAGAAAUCAAAGAAAACAAUAAAUAAAUGUAAUUUGAAUGUGUACAUAUAUUCAUGCAUAUUCUGUUAUUUCUAGAUCAAAGCACAGUUUCCCAACUUUCCAACUUGGGAGUUAAAGAGUAGUUUAGAGAAUCAGAAAUAAUCUAUUAUGCCAUGAUCUGUGAAUAUUAAUCUGGAUCAGCCUUCUCAACCCUUGAAAUAGGUCAGAUUGCAACUCCUAUUACUAACGAAUAUGAGAGAAAGAGGCUGACCUGGACUCCAGCUAGGAGUACACCAUACACCUUUAAAAUAAAACAUAGUAAAAUCUCAGUAAAAUAAAUCUGUUCAUUUUGUUAUGUCAAUCUUCUUGCCAAAGUUGAUGUUUAAACAUAAAACUAAAAACGCCAUCAGGAGCUAAUACACCUGGAAGAAUGCAAUAAAUUUAGUUCCUGAUUGCUGAUUAAUUGAUUUGUUUGUUUUUAGUUAGCAUUUUGUAUUUUAUUUUUAUAUCUUUGUUUACUGGUUUAUUGUAUGCCAUACAGUUCCUCGUUGUUCAAAUUGGGCAGCCAUUUAUAAACUUUAAGUAUACAGGUAGACCUCUACUUACGACCACAAUUGAGUCCAAAAUUUCUGUUGCUAAGUGAGACAUUUCUUAAGUGAGUUUUCCUCCAUUUUAUGACUUUUCUUGCCACAGUUGUUAAGAGAACUUCUGCAGGUCUUAAGUUAGUAACACAGUUGUUAAGUGAAUCUAGCUUCCUCAUUGAUUUUGCUUGUCAGGAGGUUGCAAAAGGGGAUCACAUGACCUUAGGACAUUGCAGCCAUCAUAGAUAUGAGUCAGUUUUCAUGGGAUGCUGAAAUGGUCAUGUGAAAAACGAUCAUAAGUCACUUUUUCAGUGCCAUUGUAACUUUGAACGGUCACUUAAUGAACUGUCGUAAGUCAACAUAAGCCAAGUCAGUGAAGAAGCCAACAGUAAGUCAGAGGUUGUGACCAUGUGAGGUCUUUGCUUAUCAUCCCACAUGGUCCUUUCCUAAUGACAGCAAUAAAACCAUCGGAACUUAUUUGAUGAUUACAAUUUUAUAGUUCCCAUUUCACUUAUACAGCAACUUUGAGUGGUUUACGAUAUGAUUAAAAAAUAAAAAAGUACUACAGGACAAUUAAAAUUAGAAGAGUUAAAUAAAAAAGUUAAAAAUCAAGACAGUUGGGGGUGGGGGGGCUGGAAGUGGGAAUCUUCUCUAUCAAGUCAGAUGUCCCCAAUGUAACAAGCCCCUGUCAGUGACCCAAACCAAGUGGCAGAGCCAAGUUUUCAGGAGUUUCGUGUGUGUUUGUGUGUAGACUUCAUCUCCAACAGGAGACUAUUCCCGAGGGUGGGGCCCACACCAGAAAAGGAAUUGCCAUCACUAAGCACUAACUCAUCUGAUGUUGCACUUUAUGUCCUUGGUACUUAGCAAUGGCAAUUCCAGUUCCAAUUGUCAUUGUUAACCUAAAACUACCUGCAUACAUUAUGUUACAUUAUGCAGGGGUGUCCAACUCUAUUUCUUUGAGAGCCGCAUCAGGAUCUCGGAGAGCCAGGGUGGGCAUGGUUAGCUUGACAUCACUCAUGUCAGGGAUGCCUGUGGUGGCCCGAGCUCUCUGUCAGCAAAAAUGGGCUCCUGAGCUCCAUUUUUGGAUGCGAUGGCUUCCUGCAACCCUCUGCCAGCGAAAAUGACUAGCACUGUGGGCCAGUCCUUUGCUGUUUCCAGGGUGGCCCUGUGGGCCAAAUCUAAGCACUUGGCAGGCUGCAUCCGUCCCACAGGCCUUGAGUUUGACACCCCUGUUCUAGAGCAAGAAGGCCACUAAGAAGGUACCUGUUACUUUCUAGAAAUGAUAUUGCAUUAGAUAUUAUAUGUUAAGAGCAGCUAGGACAGGAUCAUUUGGGAUCCUGUUGCAUCAGAUACUGAGGUCUAACUGGCUUAGGCCCAGGGUAUCUGCAGGAUCAUCUCCUGCUUUCCUCCCACCGUCCAGUGCGCUCUCACAGAGCGGGCCUCCUCAGGGUGCUGUCAGCCAGACAAUGUCGGCUGGCGGCCCACAGGGGGAGAGCAUUCUCUGUGGGAGCGCCGAUCCUCUGGAAUGGGUUGCCCACCGGCCUCAGGACAGCCCCGGACCUCCUCUCCUUCCGCCGCGAAUUGAAGACGUGGCUUUUUCACCAAAUGGGCUGAAUCCGUAGGGGUGAUUUUCAAAUUUUAAUAAUUUUUAAUUGAAUUUAAUUUAACUUUAAACUGAUUUUAAAUUGUUUAUGUAAUUCUUUGUUUUGUUUUGUAAGCCGCCCUGAGUCCUACGGGAGAAGGACAGCAUAUAAAUUACAUAAAUAAAUAAAUAAAAAUAAAUAACUUAUACUGAUUUAUAGACUGAACCAUAGCAACUACUAAUGGGAAUUGCUCUCCAUCACUCUCGUUUGUUCCAACUUUAUCAUUUAUUGCAGUUAUGGUUUCUAUCUUUUCUGUUUUUCAGAGUCCUAUUUUCUAUAGAACCAGCCAAUUUGCCUUUGCUGUCUUUUAUUCAGAGAAUGUCACAAAUUAGCUGCUUCAGCCCCUCCAAACUUGCUUUCCUCAUUCCAGAUUCUCUAGAAAUCUCUAUCAAAUUCUUCAUUUGAUUUUUCCUUUUUCCCUCCAUUUCCUGUCUUAGUCAAAUGAUUAGACAAGCAUGCUAAAAAGUAGCCUUUAAUGUAGUGAAAGAGAACCAGUUUAGGGUAAUAGUAAAGGCAGCAGGCUAGAAACCAGGAGACUGAGUUCUAGUUCCACCUUCAGCACAAAGCCAGCUGAGUAUUCCUCAAUAGGUCACUCUCUCAGCCCCAGGAAGGAGGCGUUGGCAAGAAACCAUGUCUGAAAAUCUUGCCAAGAAAACCGCAAGAUCUAAUCUAGGAGUCACCAAGAAUCAACACUGACUGGAAGGUGUGUGUGUACCGAAUACGUCUCUGCAUUUUUGGAAAUGAUAUCCUCCAUAAACUGAGAAUUCAAUUUGACAUCUGUCUUGCUUAUAACUGAGUGAGAAUUCGAUUGUGCCGCAUCAUUUGUUAACCAAAUGACUAAAAGAAAAUGUUACCUGCAAGAUUUAUGACCUGUGACCUUAUGAUCAGUGAUCACUUCAUUUGGUCUUCAAGAGGAUUUCCAGCAUUUAUGAGCAUAAAUGCUACCAUAAUUGCCAUAAAACCCUAAAUUCUGUCAGCAGAGUUCUAAUUGCAUUUCAGAUUAGCUAAUCUUGACUCUCAAUUGUUAAAGACUAGUGCAUUUAUUUUUCAUGUCAGGUUAAUAAGCAGAACUGUCAAUAAGAUUAGCCAUUGUUGCACUGCUGACCUUAGCACCACUUAUAGUACCAUAUUCCAGAAUAUAAUUCCUGUUUCAAUUUUACAUGUAUAAAUGGUUUCAUGUUUAUGCAGUAUUUUAUGAUCUAAAAUCUAUAUUGGAAAUAAAUGUAUUGUUUGGCAGUUCGAAUCUCACCAGGCUCAAGAUUGACUCAGCCUUCUAUCCUUCCGAGGUCUGUAAAAUGAGAACCCAGAUUGUUGGGGGCAAUAUGUUGAUUGUAAACUGCUUAGAGUGAGCUGUAAAGCACUGUGAAGUGGUAUAUAAGUCUAAGUGCUAUUGCUAUUGGUUGUUAUGGUAUGUGCAGUCCAAUGAGUUAACUCCCAGAUAAAUGGGUAUAGGAUUGCCAUUUGAAUUUAUCAAUUCUUGGUUAUCAAUUUUUUAAAAUAAUGUAAGCAUCUCUUUUUAAAGAGAUGUAAUUUUUUCAUUCCUGAAUUGCAGGUACAUAGAGCACAUCAUAAAAUGAAUGUCUUAUGUGGGCAAUGUAUCCCUGUACUUACUGUACUUUGCUUAUAAUACAGGGCUGUUUUAAAAAGUAGCAUGAAAGCACAUCUUCAUACACACACACACACACACACACACACACACACACGUAAAGAUAUGCUUUCAUGCUACUUUUUAAAAGAGUCCUGUAUUAUAAGCAAAGUCUUAAACCAAAGUCUUUUGCUUUGACUUUGUCUAGUUACACAUUCAGAAAAUGUAAGAUCAUUUGCAUAUUUAAUUUGAUAUGCCGAUUGCCAAUUCAAAUUCACAGUAUACUUAAAUACUUCAAUGAAUAGGAAAGCAUAUACACUUUCAGUCCAUUAAAGAAAUCCAGUGUCCAUAUUUAAAGGAAGGAAAAUAGUGAUUUCCUUUGGUCUCAGAUCACUGUUAGUGCUUGGCUGUCCCAGAAUCAGGAUAAUAUCACUACAACUGGUAAUUAAAAAUUAAUAAACCUAUUCAUAGAGAAUACAACAAUCUCUCAUCUAGUCAUAGCUGAGUAGAAAUGAAUAGUGUAUAUUGAAUUUGCUCUCUUAAAUGUGCAAAAUUAUUAGUCUUUGUCCUCUGAAUUGCUGCCCAAGAUUACACGACUAAUGUCUCUUCAUGUUUGAGCAUCCUUUUCUUUAGCUCCUAAUUUCAAGAAACCUGAGUCAAAGAUGUAACACCAGUGGGGUUGUUAAAAUAUUGGAUUUGUUGGAUAUAGUAUAAAACACUGGAAUGUUGGAGACCAACAUUCAAGCAAUCCUCAGUCAUGAACUUUUAGAGUUAGAGUCUCUCAUCCUCUCAGAGGUUUCAUAGGUUUCUCAUGGAUCAAAAUGAAAAGACAACCUCCCUGCUGAUUACCUUAGUCUCCAAGAAAUAAGGCAGAAUAUAAAUUUAAUAUAUUUACAUUAAACUAAGUUUAGUCAAUCAAAAAACUUCCUUAUGUGAUAGGAUAUUCUAUUUACAAGGAGGCUUAAGCAGAAGUGACUGUUUGGCCAGAAGACACAUGUGGCCUUUCAGACCUUCUUUAAAAAGUCUUUGAAUUGAGAUUGAACAUACAAUGUCAAGUACUGUUUUUGGAACCUAAGCGGAUUUAGGACCAAAUAUCCCAUUUUCCUGACAACAUAUUGAAAGGCUGUGUUGGCAAGCAAGCUGUUUAAUUGAAUAAAUAAUUGUUCAUUAAUUUUUGUAUAAUUUCCCCAGUGCUUCUGUAGAUUCUGCCAGAGUGAAUACAAAUUGUUAAUAUAUUAUUGGUGGAAUCUUUCGAGUCAUAUUGGGGUUUCUCAUUAUUAAAGUAUUCAAUUUUUUAGUAGGUCAAGUUGGUGAGAAUUGAUAAUACCGCUUCAGUAUGACCCUAAAUUACAGUGGUUUAACUCUACCUUCAAAGCAAGGUAAGUACUGAGUUUUUACUUAGCCAACCUGGACAAUAGAAAGAGGUGCUGAAAAGUUGUAGUUUGGCAAACACUGGACAGCAGGUGAAACGGAUUAGAGCUCCAAAAUUAAUACUUCACAAGCACCCCAUUGAAAUAGAAAAGUCUGUUUGUGAAAAUGAUAUAAUUAUAUAGUUUUUACUUAUUCUAGACAGUUCCAUUGACCAGAACAUUUACUAUAAAUGUGUGUGUGUGUGUAUAAAAAGGGAAUUGCAUUGUGAUUUUUUAGAUAGAAAUUGCAUCUUUAAUAUACAAAUAAAAGAAAACCCAACAACA